AUGGUAAGGGAGAAGGAAGGAGAGCCCACUCAGACGGUGCUCCCACUACCUGUACACAGAGGCCUGAGCCACAGAAGUGUGCGCUCAGUGCUGGCCAGAGGCUCGCCCAUGCUCCUGUGUGUGGUGGCAUCUGACUCCAGCCUUGUCUACCAGAGGAUGUGUGAUGGCCUGCUGACCCCUGACCCCCCCGUGGGCAUCCAGGACCAGGGCCGCCGGCAACACCGCAAAAGACGCCAGCAACAUUGACCCGUAGCAGAACCACAGUGACCGUUAGUAGACCGCUAUGGUCUGGUAAUGAACUCUGCAGUGACCAGGAGAGAACCACAGACGGAAUGGCAGGCUGUUGUGGUCUCGUAAUGAUGAACCAAAGUGCCAGUGUUUUCCUUAAAUUUGGCAGGGCGUGCCUAGCUUCAUUGCUCCGUUUCUGAACUGUUUUUGAGAACCUGGGCAUAGCGACUUAAGGCUCAACAGCUAGCCUACAUAAAGUAUGACAGACCCUGAGAGACUGCGUCAAGAGAAAUAUGACAAAUAUUACAACGGCCAUAACUGCCUUUAAAAGGUGCCACAGUCCCUGUGGGCCAGAGGGUUUGUGUUAUAACUGCCAGAGGGUUUGUGUUAUAACUGCCAGAGGGUUUGUGUUAUAACUGCCAGAGGGUUUGUGUUAUAACUGCCAGAGGGUUUGUGUUAUAGCUUCUCGGACAAUUGACAGACAAUCAAUCAGACACUGGAUUGCAGUUGGACAUAAAAUUGCCAGAGGAUACAUAAGUUGUAUUGAAUUAAAUCUCCAUACAGUACAUCCAUGAAGCAAUACAUGCUUAUGUAGCAGACUGCCGUAUCCACAGACACCACUCAGAACUUGUUCAGCUGGUUAUAGUUACUGUAACACUGCUUUGCUUUGUGCCGACUCCAUACCCAUUUAUUUUAAGUGCAGUUGUGAUUUUUAAACUGUAGAGGGCAUGAAAACAACCAUGGAUGCCUCGAUGAUAUUGCUAGACCGUCAUUUGACAUUGACAGAUAAAAACAACAGUAAACACAA